AUGGCCGCGAAAUCUUGGAACCCAUUCUCGUGCUGCGUCGGCGGCAGCAGAGUGGCGGAUGACGGCUACCACGACCGCACCUCGCGGCAGCGUAUCGGGCGGAGCGUGAAAGGAUGCCCGAGGUCGUCGUCGAGAAUGUCCUUCAAGAGCCUGAGCUCGUCGGGGACGCUGUCGCCGGAGGACCUGUCCAUCACGCUGUCCGGGUCCAACCUGUACGCCUUCACCUACGCCGAGCUCCGCGCCGCGACCGGGAGCUUCUCGCGCGCCAACUACCUCGGCUGCGGCGGCUUCGGACCGGUCUACAAGGGCGCGGUCGACGACAAGCUCCGCCCCGGGCUGGCCGCGCAGCCCGUCGCCGUCAAGUACCUCGACCUGGACUGCGGCACGCAGGGACACAAGGAGUGGCUGGCUGAGGUUUUCUUCCUUGGGCAACUGAGGCACAAGAACCUGGUGAAACUGAUCGGCUACUGCUACGAGGACGAGCACCGGAUGCUGGUCUACGAGUUCAUGAGCGGCGAGAGCCUGGAGAAGCACCUCUUCAAGAGCAUAAAUGGCUCUCUCCCGUGGAUGACAAGGAUGAAGAUCGCUGUCGGCGCGGCCAAGGGCCUUGCCUUUCUCCACGACGCAGACCCGCCGGUGAUCUACCGCGACUUCAAGGCCUCCAACAUCUUGCUCGACUCGGAUUACAACACCAAGUUGUCCGACUUUGGGCUGGCCCAGGAUGGGCCCCAGGGUGACGAGACACACGUGACAACACGUGUCAUGGGGACGCAUGGUUAUGCAGCGCCAGAAUAUAUCAUGACCGGCCACUUGACUGCCAAGAGCGAUGUAUAUAGCUUUGGUGUAGUGCUCCUGGAGCUCCUCUCCGGGCUGCGAUCAGUGGACCGUGCACGACGGCUGAGGGAGCAGAACCUGGUGGCUUGGUCUAGACCAUACCUAAAGCAACCUGACAGAUUGUACAAAGUCAUGGACCCAACUCUCGAGUGUCAAUACUCAUGCAAAGGCGCCGAGGUGGCAGCACUGGUGGCAUACAAGUGUCUCAGCCAGAACCCAAAGUCUAGACCCACCAUGAGGCAAGUGGUAAAAGCCCUCGAGCCCGUCCUCGGCAUGGAAGACUUCUUUCCCGUGGGCCCAUUUGUGUUCACAGUCAUUGUGGAGGAGGACAAGGUAGUGGACAUGAAGGUGGAGGUCGAGGAGAAGCACCAACACCAUCACCAGAACCAUCAAGACAGGCACCGACAGAAGUAUCCCGACUCAGCAAUCCAUGCCGGCAUUGUGCUUCGCGGCCGCAAUGGGUUCACUACCGGUUUUUGGAAAGGUCUCGGGGGCCUCACGCCCAUCUUUCUUCUUGAUAGUGACAACGGGUACUGA